GUAAAAGUGGAAGCAAGUCGAUCUGGGUGUCCAUUCUUGGUCUAGACUGAGAGGAGCUACCCCGGAUCGUCCCACGUGAUCUGCACCCUUCGCAGACUCUGCGAACGUCAUCGCCGGCCAUCUGCUUCAUUCCAUCAACGCGUCUUUGUUUGCUGUCGACCGGUUUUGCUAGCCUCUUUCUGCUUAGAUUAUAGAGUAGAGCAUUGAUUGGGAAAACGCCCAAUCGCUCUCUCGUUCGCACCGCCCGGACAUGUUUCCCGCAGUCACCGGCAAUAUAGAUCUAGAGGCACUGAGUGGCAUAUGUGGAUCCAUCUCGAUUGCGUGCUGGGUGGUGGUCUUCUCCCCACAGAUCAUUGAAAAUUUUCGUCGCGGCUCAGCUGAUGGCCUUUCGCUUCUUUUCCUCAUCGUCUGGCUUGCCGGCGAUGUGUUCAACAUCCUCGGUGCCGUCCUGCAGGGCGUCCUGCCAACCAUGAUCAUUCUCGCGGUGUACUACACUUUAGCCGAUGUGGUGCUUUUAGCACAAUGCUUCUACUAUCGGGGAUUCACACUGCGCGACGAACCAUCCUCGCCGCCGCGGCCUGUCUCUCCCAUCACGGCAGAAACUUACGACGAGGACACUGAGAUUCCCUCUCCUGUCGUGCCUCGGAAGCCCACAGAGCGCACCACGUUGCUUUCCUCCAAACAACGCAGUGCCUCUUACCAGGCUCCUUUGGACACUCGUAGCCCAGCAUCAUCGGCUACCAUCACCCCUCACCACCAGCCCUUGCUCGCCCAUCGCCGUCACUCCGCCUCUUCAUUUCUUCAUACGACCGUCGACGGAACUCACCUCUCCCCAGUGACUCCGCUCGUCGAACCAGCCAAGCAACCCCGUCCCCCUCGAACCCUAACACUGCUCCAAGCCACCUUCUUCAACGGUUCGGCCAUCAUCCUCGUCUGUGCCGCCGGCAUCUUGGGCUGGUACAUCAGCCAAACGUCAUCACUCUCAUCGGACAAGAAUAACAACAACAAGCAUAAAGACAGCCCUGAUGACCUGAAAAUGGACACACUAGGCCAAGUUUUCGGCUACCUCUGCGCAGUCCUGUACCUCGGUUCCCGCCUCCCACAGAUCCUCCUCAAUUAUCGCCGCAAGUCAACAGACGGUGUUUCCCUGCUCUUCUUCCUCUUCGCCUGUAUCGGCAAUUUGACCUACGUCCUUUCAAUCCUGGCGUAUUCGCCUGUGUGUGAACGCUCGCAUCAUGGUCGAUGUCGAUCUGAUGAACUGGCAUCGCUGUAUGGUCGAUAUAUUCUGGUCAAUCUGUCUUGGCUGAUUGGGAGCUUUGGUACGUUAUUGCUGGAUAUGUGUAUCUUUAUCCAAUUUUUCUUGUACCAGGAUGCGAAUGGGGGUGAGGUGGAUGCAGAGGCGAGGUAAAAUAUUCGCAUGUGGUUUACAUUCUCUCUUGUUUAUUCUUUUUUUCUUGAGUGAUUAUGCCUCUGGGAAGACAUAAAGAGGUGUUGGUGUUGGUACUUAGGGAUUGCUUGAUUUAUAAUGAUUUAUUCUGAAAACGCUUGCGUGCUAUAUGGCCAGGUUGCUAUGCUACUCUUGCUCAUAUGAUUGGCGCUUGGUUGGAUCGGAGUUGCUUUUCGUGUAUAUAAUUAUUUAUUAUCUUAUACUAUACUUGC